AUGUCAUCCCCUUCGAGGUCACUCGAACCUCAAUCAACCACCAACAGCCUCCGCCAACAGCUAAUCACCCUCGAUAGAGAGGGACAGUCCCUUAAACUCAAGAGGACUGAUCUUGAAGAUCAGCUUCAAUCCCUUCAGAAGAAGAUUUCUGAAAACAUCACCAACAUCCGACAGAAGAUGAAGGAGCUCGACAGAGUCCUGAGUUCUGAGCAGAACGCUGGGCAACAGUUGACCUUCCGCAACAGCGUUCUCAACAAUGACGACCUGGUCGGCGGUCUCUGCGCUCGGUCCCAGUACGAUGUCGCGUUGAGAAUCGCCGUCCACGCCAUCGCCAAUGGUCGUGGGUCGGUUGACCACCACAACAAGAUGGCGGCUGCGCUCAUGACUGAGUUGGCAGGCGAUCUAUCUCAAAUCUUCGAGCCCAUCGCUAUUCGGGUUCAGCAACGCAAUGACAACGACGACGACGACGACAUUGCGGUACCCUCCGUUGUCGAUGCCCCGUCUGUCUCCGCCAGAUCGUCUUCCUCCCUCCACGAGAUUUCCGUCGACAAACCUGCCAACAGUCGGACGGUCGCGCCUCUAAAGCCUCUCGUCCCAUACCGCUCCCCAAGCAUCAAGUCUGAGGACAGUUUCAGCCAUCAAUCUACCCUGACUCAAGUCAGCCCUAACAUGUACGCACCGCCAACGUAUACUCCAAACAAGACAUACGGCCCUGCGAACAUGUUUGCACCUACCUCUUCCGCGAUUCAGCCCGGCAUCAGUCCACCUACUCCAAGCAACGGCAAUGGCGCCGCAACAAAGGUCGCUGGAUCAGCUACGAAAUCGAUGAUGUCCCGCCUUGAUAAAAGCUAUCCGGGUCUCCUCGAGAGCCUGACUACCACUCUGCCCAAAAAGAGACCAGCACCAUCCGCGGUUGCGCGCGAACCGAGCCCAAGCCCAAUUGAAAGAGGGGGGACACCUGUCAAGACGGUCAAGAGACACAAGAUAACCAAAGAACCCAUCAUGGCGCCUGCGUUCGUAGAGUUCAUGCAGAAGCUUCAGAGACUUCACCAACACGGCAAGAGCAUCGCCAAGGACAUCAAAUGUUCCAAAUGCCAACAACUUCGACGUGACGUCCGUGUCCUCAGCUGCCUGCACCUUUACUGCCACAAAUGCAUUGUCAGCUUGCGUAACUCUGCUGAGAAGGGUGAUGCUGUUACGGGAUUCCGCGCUUUCUGCGUCGUUCAAGACUGCAAAGCCUCAAUCGCUGGCAAGACGUCGGUUGUCGACCCAGAGCUCAUCGAUUUCCUCGGCUGGUACGAUACUCAAACAGCUGCUCUGCCGACCAGUGCUGCGCAGUUGCACGUCCUGAAAUAUUCGCUCGACAGAACUCCAGACGACGAGGACGUGAAGGCCAAGAAAAUGGCUGUGGAGAAGGAGAUCAGCAACGCCAGGAUCAGAGGCGAGCUCGAUCUACCCGUUGACCUGGUCAAGAUUGCGAGGUUGGCGAGGAAGCCAUAUUAA